AUGGCUCAAAAACACCGGAAAGAAAUGGACCAAGAACUAGACCGAAUCAUCACCUUUCUCAGGCGUCCCUUACAACUGUUGGGCUUGGACGUGCUUGAUCCGAGCUGGAAACUGACACCCCGCACGGUCUUCACUAUCGGCAUGUUCAUUCUGCAGCACUACGCUAGCGCCUGGUUUUUAACAACACACCUCGACGCGUUCGUUGUGUUUACCGAAUGCUUUUCAACAUCGGCCGUCGGGCUGGAAAUAGCGAUCCGGAUGGGACUGCUCCUCUACCACCGCGAACUGCUGAAUGAAACGGUACAGAUCAUCAGAAAUCAAAACAAUCUUUUUAGGAGAAGCGAAAGCUUCCAGAAACUUGCGACCCAAUUCAACAAAGUUGUGUCCGUAUCCGUGCACCUGAUCGCCGUCAUGUAUCUGUCGACGAUGAUGUUCGAGCUGAUACCCAUCGUGUAUCCCGAUCCGAAGAAAAGCAAUUUACCGCUAGCGCUCUUCAUUCCGCACAUGCCGCACGAUGUUGCACCGUACUGGCAGGUCAACUACGUCUAUCACACCGUGAUGAACUUGAUCUGUGUGAUGUUCCUGUUCGCGGUAGACGGCACACUCGUGCUGUCCAUCCUGGCCGCUGUCUAUCAGAUUAAGGGACUGAAGCUAUGCCUGCAGGAGCUCGAUACCGGGGCAGAGCAGUCCGUGCUGCAGCGGGAGCUUGUUCGUAUCUGUAAGACGCAUCAAAGCAUCAAGCAAUUUAUCCGCCUGCUGGAUCAAACGUACUAUCUAGAUCUGCUGGUGGACUUCGGUCUCGUCUGUCUGAUUCUGUGCAUGGGCUUGAAUGUGAUCGCGGUCGAUGUAAUGCAACCGAUCGGUGUCUAUCUGAUAGCUGUGGCGUUUCAGCUGUUUCUGCUUUGCUUCUGUGGCAAUCUGUUGCUGAUCGAGAGCGACUCCCUAUCGAACGUUGCGUACUCCAUCGAUUGGCAUGUGAUGCCGGUGCCGGAGCAAAAGAUGCUGAUGUUUAUGAUUGCGCAUUCGCAAAAACCGCAGAAACUGAGCGGCAUCUUCAUGCCACUGAUCAUGUCCAGCUUUAUGUCGGUGAUCAAGGCGAGCUAUUCGUAUUUCACCUUGCUACACUAAAUACUUUGAACGAACGCUGGAGGAUGGAUAUCUCGCUAGCUUACACCGUUUGGGACACACCAAUACUCAUGCAGAAUUAAGCCUUUAUUUGCGUACCAGGUGCACAAGACCAACUACGAAGCAGUGUUAAUAAACU